GUGUUCUCCAGGAGGCACGGAAAAGACAGAGAGACUGUCACCAGACUGUCACCUUUGCAAGCUGUCAGACCUCACAGAGUCUUGGAGGAGAUCCUAGUCUCUAGUUUUAUCCCGGGUAGCAGUGCGGUGCAUUGGACCCACAGCUCCAGAGCCCUGAGGCGAGGCUGGCCCUGAGGUUGGAACCUGGCCAGGAUCGACAAGACCAUGCUGGCGAGUCUGAAGGUCAAGAAGCAGGAGCUGGCCAACAGCUCAGACGUGACCCUCCCGGACCGGCCGCUGUCCCCUCCUCUCACUGCGCCUCCCACCAUGAAGUCUGCGGAGUUCUUCGAGAUGCUGGAGAAGAUGCAGGGGAUCAAGCUCGAAGAGCAGAAGCCGGGACCCCAGAAGAACAAGGACGACUACAUUCCGUAUCCCAGCAUUGACGAGGUUGUGGAGAAGGGAGGCCCAUACCCCCAGGUUAUCCUGCCCCAGUUCGGGGGCUAUUGGAUUGAGGACCCGGAGAACGUGGGCACGCCAACGUCGCUAGGCAGCAGCACCUGUGAGGAGGAGGAAGAGGACAACCUCAGCCCCAGAGCAUUUGGCUACAAGCUCGAGUGCAGGAGCGAAGCCCGGGUCUACCGCAGACACUUCCUGGGGAAGGAUCAUCUAAACUUCUACUGUACAGGCAGCAGCCUGGGGAACUUGAUUCUGUCCAUCCGGUGCGAGGAGGCAGAGGGGAUCGAGUACCUGCGCAUCAUUCUCAGGUCCAAAGUGAAGACAGUACAUGAGCGAAUCCCCUUGGCUGGACUGAGCAAGUUGCCCAGUGUCCCUCAGAUUGCAAAGGCUUUCUGUGAUGACGCGGUGGGGCUGAAAUUCAACCCUGUCCUCUACCCCAAGGCCUCCCAAAUGAUCGUGUCCUAUGAUGAGCAUGAUGUCAACAACACAUUCAAAUUUGGGGUCAUUUACCAAAAAGCCAGGCAGACCUUGGAGGAAGAGCUGUUUGGGAACAAUGAGGAGAGCCCAGCUUUCAAGGAAUUCUUAGACCUGCUGGGGGAUACGAUCACACUGCAGGACUUCAAAGGUUUCCGAGGAGGCCUGGAUGUGACCCACGGACAGACGGGGGUGGAAUCGGUGUACACGAUAUUCCGGGACAGGGAGAUCAUGUUUCACAUCUCCACAAAGCUGCCCUUUACCGAAGGAGAUGCUCAGCAGCUCCAGAGAAAGAGACAUAUUGGGAAUGACAUUGUGGCCAUCAUCUUCCAAGAAGAAAACACACCAUUUGUUCCAGAUAUGAUUGCCUCCAACUUUUUGCAUGCCUAUAUUGUCGUGCAGGCUGAAAACCUGGGCACAGAAACCCCGUCCUACAAGGUCUCUGUCACUGCGCGGGAAGACGUGCCUGCCUUCGGCCCACCUCUGCCCAGCCCCCCUGUCUUCCAGAAGGGCCUGGAGUUCAGGGAGUUCCUGCUCACCAAGCUCACCAACGCGGAGAACGCUUGCUGCAAGUCGGACAAGUUUGCAAAGCUGGAGGACCGGACGAGGGCCGCCCUCCUGGACAACCUUCAUGAUGAGCUCCAUGCCCACACACUGGCCAUGCUGGGACUGGGCCCAGAAGAGGACAAGUUUGAGAAUGGUGGCCACGGGGGAUUCCUGGAGUCUUUUAAGAGGGCCAUCCGCGUGCGCAGCCACUCCAUGGAGACCAUGGUGGGCAGCCAGAAGAAGCAGCACGGUGGCGGCAUCCCUGGCAGCCUCAGUGGGGGCAUCUCCCACAACAGCAUGGAGGUUACCAAGACCACCUUCUCGCCUCCAGUGGCGGUGGCAUCGGCGAAGAACCAGUCACGGAGCCCCAUCAAGCGGCGCUCGGGGCUCUUCCCCCGGCUGCACACCGGCUCCGAAGGCCAGGCGGACAGCCGGACACGAUGUGACAGUGCACCCAGCACCCCCAAGACCCCGGAUGGUGGACACUCUUCACAGGAAAUGAAGUCUGAGACCUCAUCCAAUCCCAGCUCUCCUGAGAUCUGCCCCAACAAAGAGAAGCCCUUCAUGAAGUUGAAGGAGAACGGCCGAGCCAACAUCUCUCGUUCUUCCUCCAGCACCAGCAGCGUCAGCAGCACCGCAGGGGAGGGCGAGGCCAUGGAGGAGUGUGACGGUGGGAGCAGCCAGCCGCCCACAACCUCACCCUUCAAGCAGGAGGUGUUUGUCUACAGCCCGUCCCCAAGCAGCGAGAGCCCUGGCCUGGGAGCAGCUGCCACCCCUAUCAUCAUGAGCCGGAGUCCCACAGAUACUAAAAGCAGAAACUCUCCGAGGUCAAACCUGAAAUUCCGCUUUGAUAAGCUCAGCCAUGCCAGCUCCAGUGCGGGUCACUAAUGUGAAAGAAGAGUCUUUCGUCUGUCAGAGGGAAGCCCAGAUUCUGUUCCGGAGAAGGCUCCUAUUCCACCCGUUUGGGGGUGCCGUCCACUCCUCUGACCGCCACAGGCCGGCUGCCCACCUGGCCCCACCUGCCCAGCAGGCCAGCUGCCUGGUCCGGAGCCCCGGCCCAGCCACAGCCCUGCCGGCCCUUCUCCAAGACGCCCUGCAAGCACCUCCCCACCCUGGACAAGGCUGCCCUUCCUCGCGGGCUUCCCCAUCCUGACCUCCUCCUGGUGUGAUGUCUUUCUGGGUCAUCUGUCAUCUCGUUUUGUUUGCAGAGGAAAAGGGAGUUGGGCAAGGGCAGGGAUGGGGGGCAUCAGAGCCUGGGAGUGGGUUCAGUCUGCCUCAGGGGCAGAGAGAGGGGUGAGGCGGGGAGCAGGGGGCCAGCAGCAGGACACUGCAACCCCAUCGAGGCAAAGGCUGGCCCUGUCUGUCCUCAGCACAGUGCCAUCGCCUUCUUGGACAUGGCAGGCAGGAGCCUAUAACCACAGCAAGGGCGUGUGUAGUGGUGGUAGCGGGACUGCUUUUCUAGGAGCCAAGAUUUGUAGGAAGGAAAUCCUCAAAGUUGUCCCAGUAAAAUGGGCUCUAUUGCUCGCCACAUCAGUGGGGGCUCUGGAACAUCUAUUUGCUUCUGUGCUCAGAGCUUCUUACCCAUCUGCCAACACAGGCCUGGUGCUGCCUCUGGUUCCUGCUGCCGGUGCAUCCCGAGAGGGGCAUGGGUUUAUUUGCAGGCUUAGAAGCAGUGCUGGGCAAUGCGUGUGAGGGCCACUGCCACACUCCCUUCCCUGUGGUGGAAAUGUUUUGUCCUACCUAAUUCCAUGCAGGCUUCUCAUUGUCAUUGCUCUGGGGAAAGCCCAUGUCAGUGGACACUUUUCCGUGAGGGGAGGUGGGCAGCCAGGAGUGAGAAGACAUCCAGUGCUUGGGUUUCGUGGGCUUUGGUUGAUGAAAAGCCCAGGCCUGGAGGCCGGGCAGGGUCCUCUGGUUGUGGAGGCUCAUGGGGGCACAAAUACUCACAUCGCCUGCUUUGCAGGCUGAGCCAGAGCAGCAGGGUGGGGGCUGACAUGUUAGGAUCUGGUCAGGCCAAUGAGUGGGGAGUAGAACUUGGGGAGGUGGGGAGGGGGGAAGCCCAACAUCCUUCAGCAGCUGAUGUCCCAGCAUCAGAAGGGGGCCACGCGCUGCCUUGGGGGCUGUUUCCGGGGAUCGUGUCCUGCCGCCUAGCCAGGUCUCGCUCCCCUAAUCCUCCCCUCACUGCUGGUCGGUGAGCAGUCAGCGCUUCUGCAGGAAUCUUGCAGCCCAAGCUCCAGUUGGAGCCACCUUGGCUGGGGUGAGCCAGCUUGCUCUGGCUUCUGGUCCACGUGAUUCUGGAGUGUGACAGGUUGUUUUCGUGACUGGCCUUGUUGGGGUUUAGGGUGGAGUGUCCUCCAAGUGAAAUAUAAAGUUCAAGGGCAGAUCCUUGGACGUGGUGCAGCUUCAAGGGCACCUUGCAUGUCUGUGGUGCAGACCUGCCAGGUAAGGCUGGCUGGGCCUAUCUGCUUUGCUGAGCAGAUGCCAGAGGGAUUUCCAGCCAGAUGCUUUAUUUGCACUGGGAGCUGGGCCUGUUCCCAACGCCAGACACAUCCAUGUUACACUUUUGGAGACUGAUGUGACAAUUUCCCCGUUGCUUUUGCCAUUAGAGAAAAAUCUUGGUCCUUUGGACCCACUCACGUGGAAAUUGUGGGGUCCCCUUUGCAAGCUGGGUUGACCACUCCCAUUUCAUUUUUUUGGGAAAUGUGUUUAUGUAAAGUACUAGUCCAGUGAAAUUUAUUUGAGCCAGAAGGUCAACAGAGUAUAUGUUUAGCUUUAUUGGGUCCUAUUAAACAUCAUUUUAGCAGUGGCCACUGCUGGAAUGAGGCCUGUGGAUCUGGCAGUUGUUCUUUGGCUAGGUUUCUGAAGGAAUUUGAAAGGUCUAACUGCAUUUCUUUUAAAAAUACCCCAGCAUUGUGGCUGAGUCUCUCUGGGUAGUUAGUAUCUGUAGCUGCUUGGUGACCAUGCUGUGCCGUAUCAUGGUCUGGAGGCUUUCUGAGGUUUCUAGGUUGUCCCCAGUCUGUCCCAUUUGGGAACCUCAUACCCACUCCUCCCUCUGCUGCUCUGUCUUCUCCCCCCAUCCCUCCCAGCUCCUGGGAAGGCUUUGCCUCUGCCCCCUGAUGGCUGGGUGUGUCUGAAGCAACUGGGAGGCACAGGUAUGAUCCCUGAGAAGCAAAGACCUGAAAAGUCUCCACCCUCUGUUUGCUUUUGGGGUGCUCUGGGCAGGAUCUGGGUCUUGCCUCUCCAUCUCUAGAAAGUCCAUCCCGUGGCUUCUGAAGUGCACCCUGCCCGCCUACCCGAGUCCCAGUGCUGAGAUGGGUGGUGGGGGGACAGGGAUGGGCUCGGUGUCCCCUCCCUCCUCUGGACCGUGGGACAGGCAGCACAGGCUCCCAGGAGCUGUUUCCCCCCACACUCUGCCUACCUCUGCUCCGAUCCAUUGUGUUUUUUCUCUUAUUUCUGCUCUUGGUCUGGGUGCUCAACGAUUUGCUCAAGUCUCACUGGUCCUGUGACUAGACUCAUUUAGAUGGUGCUCUCGCUGGCAUGUGAGGCGGCUCCACUCGUCAUCUCCAAAAGGAAGGGUGUUUCCUGGUCGUGUCUCUGGCUCUGGUGACUGCCUGAAAAAAGAAAAACAAACCAAAAAAGCCCCCAAACUUUCAGGCACCCAUAUGCCUCCAGCUAACUUGAUGCUUUAAAAACAGAUGCAGAAGGAGCUCUAGAUAGAAGGUCUUAGCCAGAGUUUCUGUCUAUGCUAAUGAAUGCAAAUGGUGUUUCUUAAAAAAUAUUCUGUGGUUCAGCCUUGUUAGCAUCAUCUGGAGGCUCAAGCCUCCUGGGACAUUGUACAUCUUCUAGUCCAACCAAGGCAUCAUACACAUGGGAAAAGUCAGCCCCCAGGAGGGGAAGUAACUCCCUAGGGGUCACACAGCCAGCGGGUGGCAAAGUGGGGCCUCGAACCCACCCCCCAGCCUUCUGUCCUGUGCACCGCCUACGGGGGUGGUUGAAUAAGUGGCUGUACUUCCCGGGGGCCUGGGUUGGAAGGAGCCAGUGAGCUGGUGCUCGGGACUGGCCAUGAGGCAUCAGCUGUCAAGGCUGCUGGUGGGGCCUCAGUCUCUGUUCUUUACCUCAGGAAGGAGAUUCUCUUGCGUUUUUCAGGGAAGGCCUUGGGGUUUUGGAUGCAGCUUGAGUAAAGAAAAUGCGAAGGGAGUGUGAUUGCUGUGAACAGGGCCUCUCUGGCUCAGGCAAUUAAGAGGUAACAUUGGAUCCCCAACCCUGGUGUGAGUGGGGAUGGAGGCCAGGGCAAAGGGGCAGCUUACCAACCCUCAGCUUUCCCUUUUUAGAUUAAGAAGGAAAGUAGUAACAAAACAAAACACAAAAAAACCCUCCAGUUUUCCCUCAUUCUUAGACAAAGGUGGUUCAUAAAAAUUGAGGCUCAAGUGACAAGGCAGGAGAAGAGCCCGUUUCACAUUCUUAGCUUGAUCCUUUAAGGUGCCAAGUCAAACACUACCUUUCCCUUUCAUUUCUAAGUCAAUAGAGACGGGUCUGUUGUGGGGGAAUGGUUGGGGUCUCAGGAAGAUCCUGCUACUGUGGUGGGACCACAGCCAGGUAGCCAUGCUCAGGACCCCCCGGCUUCUCCCCCAUGCUCAGGCCCCCCCUGAUUCUCCCCCACAGCCACCCCUUUCUCAAAGAUGAGGGCGGGUCUGUAGGCAUUAGCCAAGGCUGUCCCCACAGCCUGCUGGGGGCUGGCGGGGGCAUACUUCUGCCAAGCUCUGCCUUCUGUUUUACCACCAGCCUCUUGCCCACCCCAACCCUACAUCACCCCGCUUUCAGCUGGGCUCGGUCCUCAGGGAGGGCACCCCUAUGGACCCCUGUGGGAGGAAGAAGACAACCCCUCCAGGGCCAAGGGCAGCAGAUCCCUGCCUUGCGAGUGGCUGUGGGGCCAGUGGCUCUGCCCUGUGCCUUACUAGCCCCGGGGAGAGGGUUUUUGGCGGUAACACUGGAAUUGAAUUGCCAUCGUCUUUGAUUUUGUGAUGUUUCUGCUUGGAAGGGCUAACUUCCCCUGCCCGCUCCUUAGCAUGUGUGCUGAUUCUCUUGUCCUGGAUGUUACCCUUGGCGCUCCAGCCUGAGGAGUGCUGACGUUUAAGUGUGACGCGAUUCCUGUGUGUGAUACAACCUAAGAACUGUAACUCUGAAAUGAUGAUGCAUAUGAUGGUGAUUUUUCUUUCUUUCCUCUUCGCGAGGAGGUGAUUCGUAGACCCUGAUUGCCUAUGUAAUGUAAAUAGUGUACAUUUAAUUUAUUGCUAUGGUAGCAUAUUGUAUUUGUUAAUGUAUAAAACAAAUUCUAAAAGGUUGACAAAUGUAUAUUUUGUUGCUUAAAUGUGUCUUUGCAGAAAUUGACAAUAAAUAACAUAUUUUGUGUC